AUGUCGUUUUUAGAGGAUAUUCUGGCGAGCGGUGAGCGAGUGCUGCUGGAGGCCAAGACUGCUGCCCUGACCAGCCCUCAGAAGCCAGGAGAGGAUCUGGCAGCUCUGUCCAAGAGCGAGCUUAACCACGUUCAGAGUCAUGGAAUUCCAAGGGAACCUCUGGAGGUGGAGCAGCUGCUCCCCAAACAGGGUGCCACUGACUCCAGGGAGCAUCCAGCCGAUACGCCGGGCAGCCAGGCAGGUGAUUUGAGACCCCAGGUGGGACAGGCAAGUGAUGGAUGGUGCGUGAUGAACUUGGCAGGAGCCUCUGAUGAUGUUUGUAAGGAUGGAAGCAAGGAGCAGCCAGGUCCGCCAGCUGAGAGUAGGGACUUAGACCAUGAAGAGUGGGAAGUCGUUUCUGAGCACCUGGCCUGGGGGGAGGCUGGCAAGAAUGGCAGCGCGGAAGACUCGGACAGCAAGGAAUGGGAACAAGGAGACUGCCCUGAUGGGGACUCAAAAGCCAAGAGAGUUGCAGCCGUUCCCCCAAUGUUCCAGAAUAUCCAUGUGACUUUCCGCGUGCACUACAUCACGCACUCCGAGGCUCAGCUGAUUGGUGUUACUGGUGACCACGAGUGUCUCGGCGAGUGGCACAGCUAUGUUCCCCUCAAGCACGACAAGGAUGGCUUCUGGUCCGAAUCCGUUAUUCUGCCAGUAGACACCAAAGUAGAGUGGAAGUUUAUCUUGGUGGAGAAUGGGAAGGUCAGACGCUGGGAAGAAUGCGGUAACAGGACCCUAGUGACUGAACACGAAGAUCAAACUGUUCAUCAGUGGUGGGGAUACCAUUAA